GGCACAAUCGAUCUAGUACGCGAGGUAGUUGUGGGGUGGGCGGGUGCGGUUGGCAGUGCAAAUUCAAUGUCAAACGUAACGAUCCAUCAUCAUCGCGGCAACCCCCGUUGUCAACGUCUUUCACUUGGAAAUAUCUAGGUCAUUCCGCGUUCGGAGGUUCAGUGGCCUCAGGGUUCGUUUCCAGCACGGAACUGUUGGUGGCAAAUUUUUGGUGCAGUGUGUUAAAUUUGUGGAACAACGAGUUCAGUUCAGGAAUGAUGCCUCGGCGUGAAAAUGCGGCCAAAUCUGGCCGGGUGGUUGCCAAACGGAAAACGUCCAGCGAGGAGGAAUCCAGCGAGCAGGGUUCGGCCACCACUUCGAACUCCGGGUCCGAAUCCGGCACGACCGAUGGCUCGUCCGGGUCGAGUUCCGGGUCCGACUCGGAGAUGGACACCACCGAAACGUCCUUCUCGUCCAAGAGUGCCGUCGAGUGUGUUGGAACCAGUAGCAAGCAGCAGGGAUUACUUAAGGUGAACCACCGGUCGUACGCGGUGUUCUGUGAAUCGGGCCGGAACUGUAAAAGUUUCUGCAACAGCAACGGUCCCAACGGCGUGGAACCACUGCUCGAAGAGGCCCGGAAGGAGCCCAAUCAAAAUAGAAAAACUCGCGCCAGAAACGAGAAAGUUGCACAUAAAAUCAAGAAAUCCAAAAGAAUACCGCCAAUCAGUAUUUGCAUCCUCAAUAGCCGUUAUGACAUUAUACCUCGCAUCUGCCGAAGACUCGGGUACAAGCUGGUCAGUGAGCACGAGCACUGGAACGUGUGCUGGACGGAUUCGCUAGUUGGUGUAGACUUUUGCCGGGACAUGCGGCGCUUCCAAAAGAUCAAUCAUUUCCCGGGCAUGUUCGAGAUUUGUCGGAAGGAUCUGCUGGCGCGCAACCUGAACCGAAUGCUGAAGAUGUUCCCGGCGGAGUACCACAUUUUCCCGAAGACCUGGGUCUUUCCGGCUGAUCUUGGUGAAGCGAUCGCUUACAGCAGGACGCAUCGGAGCAAAACGUUUAUCCUAAAACCAGACCAGGGAUCCCAGGGGAGAGGUAUAUUUCUAACAAAAAAUCUGAAGGAAAUCAAUCCGAGGGAUCGCAUGAUCUGUCAGGUGUAUGUUCACAGGCCUCUGCUGAUCGAUGGGUACAAGUUCGACCUUCGAGUUUAUACUCUCGUGACUUCGACAGAUCCGCUCAGGAUAUUCGUGUAUAAGGAAGGACUUGCGAGGUUUGCUACCAACAAGUACCGAGAACCAUGCAUCACAAAUACCUCCAACAACUUUAUGCACCUCACCAACUACUCGGUGAACAAGUACAGUCGGUUGUUUUCAAACGACGACGAAGCCGGUAGCAAGAGGCGUUUUGCGACGUUGAACCGGAUACUAACUUCCGAGGGGUACGACAUUGCCGAGCUGUGGUCCAACAUCGAUGACGUGAUUGUCAAGACGAUACUUAGCGCUUGGCAAGUGCUGCGACACACGUACGCUGCCAGCUUCCCAACUCACGACAUAAUUCAGGCGUGUUUCGAAAUUUUAGGCUUUGAUAUCCUUAUUGAUCACAAACUGAAACCGUACAUCCUCGAGGUCAACCACUCGCCUUCGUUCCACACGGAUGAGGCCAUCGAUAAGGAGAUCAAAGAAGCGCUGAUACAUGACACGUUUGUGAUGCUGAAUCUUAACGCGGAAGUGAAAAAGCGUGUGCUCGAGGAAGACAAACGGCGCAUUCAGAACAGGUUACUGCAGCGGUUACGUGAAUACUCUAAAAAUAAGGAAGGUAGCAAAGAAAGCAGUAGCGAUAGCAAAACCGGCGACGAUGACGAUCCAAACUCGGAGGAACGACCUGGUCCUUGGGCGGAACAGAUCAACUGGGAAGAAACGCAUCUAGGAAACUUUCGUCGAAUACUGCCAGCUCCAGGCGAUCCUGACCGGUACGCCCAAUUCUUUCUGGCGCAAAAUCAGGCCUCGGUUUACAACGAAACGGCCGCUAGCAAAAAGAGGGAAGAGUGUGCCAAACAGCAAAGGAUCGAGCUGGAGGAACGUUACAAACACAAUCAAGCAAUGCUGCACAAGACCAAUCCCAAGGGACAGCUGGGUGGUGCCGGGAAGGCACUCUGUACCGGCGAGGACGGAACCUUGACAUCGAUGAAGAAGAAAAUGAAAAAGCGCAAACCAAAGGUGAUCAAGGAAAAGGACUUCUACAGUCCGGACGUGAUCUUGGACUACGAGGAACGCGAACGGAUCGCGCUUUUGGCUCAGCGAGACUUUCUCAUCCGGACGUGUGGGCUGGUUCAAAAUAUUUAUUUAAACUUCAACCGCCAAAAGCUGCUCACCAUGUCCGACCAGCGGAAGUACCGGGAGGCAUUCGCGAAGCUGGUGGCCAACGAUCUCCUGCAGCAGGAAUCAAACAGCCUGCAGUCUAACCAUUCCAGUUCCAGCACAUGUCUUCCGGUGCUGUCGAAUCACCACCUCGGAGCCAGCGGCGGACCCAACUCGACUGCCUUUGGCCAAAAGUUACACCUCAAGAGUCUUGUCACAAUCAACGAUACCGCCACCUGGAUGCAGUGUACCGAGGUGCAAACGCCCAGCCGGCCUCCACUGCCGUAUCUGUUGGCCUCGCAGCCCACCAACUAUCGGAGCACCAAGUCGACGAUGGCCCGCCAGGUGUCGAACGUGGUCAAACGGCACAGCAUCGACACCAGGCAGCUGUACUCGGCCUCCGACAAGGUCAUAUAGUAUUGAGCCGCGGCGGAACAUCCGGCAAUGGUGACGGUCUUCCGCCAAGUGGCGGCAACUUCCGAAGAAUGGCAUGCUGUGGCUGUGUGUAUGUGAAACCCCGAUCAACUUAAUCAAAUUUUCUGCCCAUGUUUUAAACUAGGUGUAAUAAAAUUUUAUUGUGAGCUUUUGA